AUGUCGACUACAACAUCCCUCACAACCACGCUUGUUGCACCGGCCAUGAAGGGUAUCACUAUAUCAGAAAACCAAUGUCCUAUGUGUUGGGGUGAAGGAUUUCCCCAAGAUGGCUCUGGCGCCCACGAUAGGAUCCAGGAGUUAGAGGGGCAGGUGCACGCGUUGACAGCGCGCGCUUCGGCUACAGCCUCCAAACUUAACGAGUACGAAGAAGAACUUCGACGUCUACGCUCCUCCCAAUCUAAAGGACCCUACCACACACCUCGAAGCAGCUCCUCAAUGGGCCGACCCCCCUCCCAAAGCGACCACUCCUCACCACAGCGCCCAGGAACCUCAGAGUCCCAGUCCCAACCACAAACAUACCACAGCCGCCUUACAAACCUAGCCUCCUUCCUCCCCUACCGACGCGGCAGCACAACCACCGCAAGCGCACCCACAACAUCCAGCGGUCUCCCAAGUACCCCAACCGCCCUAACAGCACCCCUCACGCACAUGUCCCCACCGCACAGCGACACCUCCGAGCUGCAGGAUGCGCUUGCGCGCGAACAGAGACGGCGCGAAGCUGCCGAGACGCAGCUUUCGCAGGCAAGUACUGAACUAGAGGACUUGACUGUGCAGCUUUUCAGUCAGGCGAAUGAGAUGGUCGCUGAGGAGCGGAGGGCCCGCGCGAAGCUGGAGGAGAGGAUUGCUGUGUUGGAGAGGAGGGAUCUUGAGAAACGUAACCGGUUGGAGAGGUUGGAGAAGGCUGUGGCGCGUGUGGAACGGUUGAGGGCUUUGGUUAAUCAUGAAUGA